AUGUCCAAGGCUAUCGGCAUUGACCUCGGUACUACCUACUCUUGCGUGGCCGUCUGGCAAAACGACAGAGUCGAGAUUAUCGCCAACGACCAGGGCAACCGCACGACGCCCUCGUAUGUGGCAUUCACGGACUCGGAGCGUCUGAUUGGUGAUGCGGCCAAGAACCAGGUCGCGAUGAACCCGUACAACACGGUUUUCGACGCCAAGCGCCUCAUUGGCCGCAAGUUUGACGACGCCGAGGUUCAGUCGGACAUGAAGCACUGGCCGUUCAAGGUCAUCUCCAAGGCUGGCAAGCCCUUCAUCCAGGUCGAGUACCGCGGUGAGGAGAAGACGUUCUCGCCCGAGGAGAUCUCGUCGAUGGUCCUCAUCAAGAUGAAGGAGACCGCUGAGGCCUACCUUGGCGGCACCGUCUCCAAGGCCGUUGUUACCGUCCCCGCCUACUUCAACGACUCGCAGCGCCAGGCCACCAAGGACGCCGGUACCAUUGCCGGCCUCGAGGUCCUCCGUAUCAUCAACGAGCCCACUGCCGCCGCCAUUGCCUACGGUCUCGACAAGAAGAGCGAGGGUGAGAAGAACGUUCUCAUCUUCGACCUUGGUGGUGGUACCUUUGACGUGUCGCUCCUUACUAUCGAGGAGGGUAUCUUCGAGGUCAAGGCCACCGCCGGUGACACCCACCUUGGUGGUGAGGACUUUGACAACCGCCUCGUCAACCACUUUGUCCAGGAGUUCAAGCGCAAGAACAAGAAGGACAUUACCUCGAACGCCCGUGCCCUCCGUCGUCUCCGCACCGCCUGCGAGCGUGCCAAGCGCACCCUGUCGUCGGCCGCUCAGACCUCGAUCGAGAUCGACUCGCUCUACGACGGCAUUGACUUCUACACCUCGAUCACUCGUGCCCGCUUCGAGGAGCUCUGCCAGGACCUCUUCCGCUCGACCAUGGAGCCCGUUGAGAGGGUCCUCCACGACUCCAAGAUGGACAAGUCGACUGUCAACGAGAUUGUCCUCGUUGGUGGUUCGACCCGUAUCCCCAAGAUCCAGAAGAUGGUCUCGGACAUGUUCUCGGGCCGUGAGCCCAACCGCUCGAUCAACCCCGACGAGGCCGUCGCCUACGGUGCCGCCGUCCAGGCUUCGAUCCUCAACGGUGAGACCUCGGAGGCCACCCAGGACCUCCUCCUCCUCGACGUCGCCCCCCUCUCGCUCGGUAUCGAGACCGCCGGUGGCAUCAUGACCCCCCUCAUCAAGCGCAACACUACCGUCCCCACCAAGAAGUCGGAGAUUUUCUCGACUUACGCCGACAACCAGCCCGGUGUCCUUAUCCAGGUCUACGAGGGUGAGCGUGCCAAGACCAAGGACUGCAACCUCCUCGGCAAGUUCGAACUCUCCGGCAUCCCCCCCGCUCCUCGUGGUGUUCCCCAGAUCGAGGUCUCGUUCGACGUCGACGCCAACGGUAUCCUCAACGUCAACGCCUCGGACAAGACCACCGGCAAGUCUAACCGCAUCACCAUCACCAAUGACAAGGGCCGUCUUUCCAAGGAGGAGAUCGAGCGCAUGCUCGCCGAGGCCGAGAAGUACGCCGCCGAGGACAAGGAGGUCGCCGAGCGCGUCCAGGCCAAGAACGCCCUCGAGUCGUACACCUACUCGCUCAAGUCGACCCUCUCUGAGAACGCCGACAAGUUCUCGGCUGAGGACAAGGAGACUCUCCAGAAGGCCGUUGACGACUGUGUCAAGUUCCUCGACACCGCCGACUCGGCCUCGAAGGACGAGAUCGAGUCGCACCAGAAGGAGCUCGAGACCCUCUCCGGACCCAUCAUGCAGCGCUUCUACGGCUCGCAGGGCGGUGCUCCCGGUGGCGCGCCUGGUGCCCCUGGUGGCUUCCCCGGCGCUGGCGGCCCCGGUGCCGCGCACGACGACGGGCCCUCGGUCGAGGAGGUCGACUAA